UACACUUCCUCUUUGCAUUCUCUGCUUUUCUACGAAUCUUACUCGCCUGUUUGGCUCGAGUUUUCCUUCCAUUUUCCAUAUUAACUUCUUUCAGCUUUCCUUGUACAACUCUGCUCACGCUCGUAAAACAGAGAGUACUCUCUCUAUUUCUUCUCUGUUCUCUGUUCUCUGUUCGCUUCGCCUGACUUUUGAACACCCUUGAAUCUCAAAAGUUGAAGUGAUUUCAUUGGGAAAAAGGAGUAAAGAUGACGAAACAGAAUGUGCUAGUCUCCGACACGAAAUCCACAUUCAACAUGGCGAUUUUGCCCAUUUCGAACUCGUCGAUUUUCACGAGGGCGGCGCAGAAGCCUCCUGCAGCACCGGGCGGAUACAUUUCCAUUUCAAGGAAGAAGUUGCUGAAGAACCUUGAGAUCAAUGGAGAAGCAAGAAUAAACACUUGGGUUGACUCCAUGAAAGCCUCUUCUCCUACCCAUAUCAAGGCCACUCCUUCUCUGGCCGAUCAUGACCAGAGUUCCUGGAUUGUUCGCCACCCAUCUGCCCUGGACAUGUUUGAGGAAAUCAUUGAUGCCGCAAAGGGAAAGCAAAUAGUAAUGUUUUUGGACUACGAUGGCACACUCUCACCGAUUGUCGAUGACCCUGAUCGAGCUUUCAUGUCUAGGCCGAUGAGAAAAACAGUGAGAAAACUUGCCAUGUGUUUUCCCACUGCUAUUGUGACUGGGAGGUGCAGAGAUAAGGUCUAUAGUUUUGUAAAGUUAGCAGAGCUGUACUAUGCCGGAAGCCAUGGCAUGGACAUUAAAGGACCGGCAAAAGGUUCAAAAUACAAGAAAGUGAGUGAGGGUAAUGGCGUUCUGUUCCAACCCGCCAGUGAAUUUCUUCCCAUGAUCGACGACGUUUACAAACAAUUGGUGGAGAAAACAAAAUCAACUGAAGGGGCUAAAGUGGAGAACAACAAGUUCUGUGUCUCUGUUCAUUUUCGAUGUGUUGAGGAAAAGAAAUGGAGUGAACUGGCCCAGCAAGUUAAAUCAGUACUGAAAGAGUACCCAAAACUACGUCUUACCCAAGGAAGAAAGGUGCUAGAAAUCCGUCCCACCAUUAAAUGGGACAAGGGGAAGGCUCUUGAAUUUUUGUUAGAGUCACUUGGAUUUGCUAAUUGCACCGAUGUUUUUCCCGUUUACAUUGGAGAUGACCGGUCGGACGAGGAUGCAUUCAAGAUAUUAAGAGACAGAGGACAAGGUUUUGGCAUUCUUGUCUCCAAGUUUCCAAAGGAAACCAGCGCAUCUUAUUCCUUACAAGAGCCAGCACAGGUUAUGGACUUUUUGGGACGUUUGGUUGAGUGGAAAAGCCUGUCAUUAGGAGGACAGGCCAGGGUGUAAAGUGAUAAAAAUAUGAAAUAUACUGCCACCACCCUUCCAAGAAGUGUACAAGGGUGCAAUGGGAACAUGUAAUUUCUUGUUCAUGGUAGGUAAAAAAAAAAAAAAAGAGAGAGAAGAUGAAAAAAUGGGGAGAUGGGCAAGGGAAGGAAGAGAACCUAACUGUAAUCUUUUCUUGUCUUUGUACAUCUUGUAACUACCUUUGUACAAGGAAAAAAGAAGUUGUAACUUAGUAAGUUGUCUCAAUGC